GAAGGUGGAAGGCUUCCUUUAGUACUUACCCUAAAUUAGUGGUAGAAUUGUUCCAGAUUUAAGCCGGAUAUCCAAGUGGCAGUGAUAUCUGUGUGCAUCCAAAGUACUGUCAUAAAGUUCAUAAUGUUCUUUUCUUAUAGUCUUCCCAGAUAAUCUUACCCCUUUGCACUGAAUUUGUAGCCCACAUGUUCACACUUAAAUGUCCUGGUUUGAAGGAAGCUAAUAUAAAUGGGUCUUCUACAAGAGACAACUCUUCCCAAAGAAGAGAAAAAGAAAUGCAGACUGGAGGGGAUGUACAAGUCAAAAACUCUGAAAAUAUGAAACAUUCUUCUGUUGGCCUGAUGCCAUUUGCAUUAUUUUCCCCAAAGGACGCCAUGGUUUAAUGGAUGGGGCUUUAACCUACCCAGAGGUCAGUCUUUGCUGGACAAGUGGAACCUCAUCCCAGAGGGAAUUGACAUACUAAUGACACAUGGCCCUCCUCUUGGUUUUCGAGACUGGGUCCCCAAGGAGCUUCAGCGAGUUGGCUGCGUUGAACUGUUAAACACGGUGCAGAGACGAGUACGGCCCAAGCUCCAUGUUUUUGGUGGAAUUCAUGAAGGUUACGGCAUCAUGACAGACGGUUACACGACGUACAUCAACGCCUCAACGUGUACAGUCAGCUUUCAGCCAACCAAUCCUCCCAUUAUAUUUGACCUUCCAAACCCUCAAGGAUCAUGAAGCACUCUAAAUGCCCCAGUUGGAGCGAAGGAAGGAAGGUCGAUAAACUGCCAUUUUUCUAAUUCUAAACUUACAUUCUCUUACAUGUUUCUUUCCAAAUUCUGUGAGUUUUUUGUAAAAUUGCUGGUAAAAAAAAACAAAAACAAAAAAACGACGCUAGAGGUUGUGCUUUUUUUUUCCUCUUUCUUUUCUUUCUUUCUUACUUUUUUUUUUGGAAAUGCGGCAUCCAUUUAAAAUUGAUAAAGCAUUGUGGAUUUGUAAAAUGACUCCUGUUUUCUCAAUGACCAUGCCAUUGUAAAUCAUUAGUGUUCUCCAAAGGACAGCCAAGCUUUCUUUUAAGAAAUGAGAAAUGUUAUUUUAUAUGAUAUAAGCUGGAAGAAGAAAAAAAAAAGACAGAGGCAGUGUUGUUUCAUUUUUUUUGUUGUUUUUUGUUUUUUUUUUUAUAAAAUCACCCAGAUUUGCACAACUGUUGAGUACUGUUUGAUUUUUAUUUUGUGAUGUCCUUUGUUUGUAAGUGUGGCCCCGAUGUAUAGCAGACUUCUGGACAGAAGCUGACUUUGAAGGGUCAUCUCUGCACGUGCCCUCCUCCCCAUCGUAACACGAGUUACAUCAAGGGGAUGGAACGAGCCUCAUUGCCUGAUGUCUCUGGCCUCUUUCAAAGGGCAUUUUAGUUAGCAGCAUUGGUGUUUGUGAUGAUAUGCUUUCUUAUUAUUUUGGUUAAUUUUUUAAAUUAUUUUAGCUUUAAGAAUAUGGGGAUAAAAUCCACAAAGAACAUUUGUUUCAUGCAGCAAAAAAAAAAGAAAAAAAGAAAAAAACAUGUAAGUGCAGACUUCUUUUAAAUAUGAAUUUAUAUAUAUAUAAGUAUUUUUUGUGCAUUUAUAACUAAGCUAGGAAUUUAAUAUUGCCAGCAUAACAGCUACCGAGUUAUGCUGCCCGGCACCUCUAAACUACGAAAGAUGGAACACAUUUCCCAGCAGUGCUCAAAGCCUCGAUGAGCUUGUGUUAAAUCUAGGUGCAGUUUCCGACAUGUAUAGAAUCAAAUGGAUGCAAUGGAGCCGAUCUAAAAUAAGGCUUAGUUGUCCUUUAUAUUUAAAUAUUCUUGAAUUGUCUCCUUAUUUUCUCUCUUUCCCCCCCUUAUUUUGCACUGUGUGUAAAUGCAAUCUUGCUAGCACAAAAUAUUGUCGCAGAUAGGUAUUUCUGUUCUUACACUAUAAAUGCUAUUGGGCUUUAUUCCAUUUUAUGUUUAUCUUGUUAAUGAAUUUAGGAAAGCAGUUGUUUCUUUAAAUUUAUUGUGAUAUUCUAUAUCUAGCGGCCUUUAUAUGCAAAUAAAAAUUGCAAGAUUUUUAAA